AUGGCUCUCCCCGUCGUCCUCAGCUUGGUUGACUGUGCCGACUACAGCAACACAGUCGCCCCCUACCUCGACCAGCUGGUGUCUCUCCCCAGCAUCUUCUCUUCAUCCACCACCAACACUGCAGCCCUGAAACAGCUGUACCUCAACACGAACCCGCUCAUUACCGCCAUUGCCUUUGGGGUUGCUCUGGCCCCCAUCUUCCUCCUGGUCUCCGAAGUAAACAAAAAUUACUCACAAGUAGACCGGGUCUGGUCAAUACUUCCAUUCGUGUACAACCUACACUAUGCGGUUUAUGCCCACCUUGUUGGCGUGCAUACAGAGAGACUGGAUGCCCUUUGUGCCAUUAGCUUACUAUGGAGUAUUCGAUUGACCUACAAUUACUACCGAAAAGGAGGCUAUUCGAUCGGCAGUGAGGAUUACCGCUGGGCCACCGUCAAGGAAUAUGCCGGGCCUGCCUUGAUGUUCCUCUUCAACAUCCUAUUCAUCUCACUAGCACAAUCUCUACUGCUAGUCUGCAUCACCACUCCGGCCUACAUUCUGCUGCUGACCGAACGUUUGGCAACCUUCGAUGGGCCCAUCCAGUCCUGGAACAUGGUCGAUACUGUCGCAUCGGCUAUCAUGGUGGCCUUGGUUGCCAUAUCGUACAUGGCAGACCAGCAACAGUGGAAUUAUCAUGCCGCCAAAUCUCAGUAUCGCGAGACAGCCAAAGUGCCACACGGCUGGGAACGAGCAGACCUAGAUCGAGGCUUCCUCACCAAAGGCUUGUUUGCGUAUUCACGGCAUCCAAAUUUUGCAGCAGAACAAGGCGUCUGGGUCACAUUAUACCUGUGGUCGUGUCUGGCCACAGGAACUUGGUAUAACUGGAGUGGGAUUGGAGCAACAUCCUACCUCAUCCUUUUCCAGUCCAGUACCUGGCUUACAGAGCUGCUGUCUGCAGGCAAGUAUCCGGAAUACAAGCAAUACCAGGAACAAGUCGGGAAGUUUUUACCUAGCCCCGGUUGCGGCCCGCCGAGCUUCCACGCACAUCCCCCAUCUCGGGCAAAUGGCAAGAAGUUACCACCACCUCUGCAGCUCUGGUUUUUCGCCUUCCGGCUGCCGGCUGCGAGUCGUGAUGGCAUCGAUCCUCUAGAAGGUACAUCUCUGUGGCCGUUGUUCCUGAUCAUCUCCGACAAGGUCUGUCCAUCGUUGGAUAAGCUGGACAGGUUUCACCGCCGCGCAGGUUCCAACGCCAUGGACCUGGAGCGAAUCAAGCAAAGCCUCCGCCUUCGCUCCGGCCGAUCUAAGAAAUCUCGCAAGCAGACCGCGGAGCAGUCGAACUCGGCAGCUCUCCCUCCUAGCCAGUCAGUUCAGAAGAACACUGUCAAUGGCGUGGUAAAGGAGCCCUCUCGAGUGAUCACCAAACCAAGGCCAAGCCCUACCAAAGAGGUGCCCAUUGUUCCCAAGCAACAGCCAGCGCCAGAAACUAGUGAAGCCCCCAUCAUCAAACGACGAGAUCAAUCAGUACUCCGACCAGAACUCCCGCAUACAUCCACUGACUUGGACCUGAAAGUAUCUACCCCGUUUCGACAAUCUCGCAAAGAAUGUCCUCGCCGGAGCCCUGGACCGGAACCGGGCUCGAAGUCAACCUCUCUACCACGCACACGCACCAUGUCCGAGGCGGAUGCUGGAGCCAUCUUCAAUUCUGAGUCUUCCUCUGCCCUAGAUUUCGACCUGCACCCACCUCCCGCACCUUCCAGGCCCAGGCCACCUUCAAUCGAGUUGCUUUCAGAGUCGCUCUUUUCUUCCGGCCAUCUCAACACUCUCCUUCGCGAUCCCCAAUACCUGGCCCGCUUCACUUCCUUUCUGACCAGGUAUCGACCGCAGUACCAUCCGGUUCUUCUACGAUACCUCGAAACGCAAAAGGCCAUUAAAGCUGUUGAGUAUGCGAAUGCCGUUGCUGAAGGAAUUUCUCCCUCAUCGGACGAUGGUGGCGCUUUGAUUGUAAAAUCCUCCAUUGCGGCAACCCUCGACAGAGCUUUUGAGGAACUGAGCAAUGCCGCGUUCCGUGUUAUGGUCGACUCUGCCCUUCCCAUGUAUGUUACGUACAACCUGGUCAAACUGGUAACCGAGUGCCUCAUAGACGAGAUAACGGGCAGUCGAGGUUCUACCACCAGGGACUUGGUAGGAGGAUUAUCAGAAGUAUUCUGUCUCACAGAUCCGAAACAGGAGGACAAUCCAAUUAUCUUCGCCAGUGAAGAAUUCUACCGACAAACUGGAUAUGGUCCGGACGACGUCAUCGGGCGAAACUGUCGCUUUUUGCAAGGCUCGAAAACCAAUAGAGAGUCGGUUGCACGACUGCGAGAGAGCAUUUCGAGGGGCGAGGAUAUAUGCGAGACUCUGUUGAACUACAGGAGAGACGGCAGAGCUUUCAUCAAUCUACUGAUGAUCGCUCCUCUUCACGACGAUAAAGGCAAUGUCAAAUAUCACAUUGGUGCUCAGGUGGACGUCACAGGGAUAGUCGAACGGGGGAAGGGGUUCGAGGGGUUGAAACGGUACCUGACCACGAGGGAGAUGGAGAGGCGCGAAAGACAAGUGCGUGGCAAUGAAAUUAAGGGAGGGCAUCAAGGGUUUGAAAAGCCGAAAGCACUGGCGAAGUUGCGAGAUCUGAGUGAAAUGUUCGAUCUGGAGGAAUCAAUCGUGGUCCGUUCUAAUGGAAGGUCUACUUCGACAUCGAGGGAAGACGACGAACGCAGUGUUUCAAGCAGUCGUAAAAUUCCUCGACGGGUGUUCAGUGAUGGCGACGCGAGUUCCGAGAACGGUGACGGAGAGUCUGGUGAAGAUGAGGACAAAGCCUGGGAACUGGGUCAGUCAGGCCGAUCUGGCUUGUCAGGAAAGCUGCCCGGUGUCUACGAUAGCUACAUGCUCAUCAGGCCAGCGCCCUCUCUCCGAAUCAUCUUUGUGUCCUCGGUCCUACGGCGACGCCUGGGCAAUAUCGUUCAGCACCCAUUCCUGUCACACGUGGCUGCUUCCGCCAAUACGUUGAAAGGACUCAGGGAGAGCUUUAGCGUGGGUGCUCCCGUUUCUGCCAAAAUCAGCUUGUUGAUUGAAGCUGGAGAUCGAAAAGAUGGCAUGGCAACCCGCGGUGGAAGCAAACUUCAAGAUGCUGGGCAGAGCAGAACUUGCUGGAUCUCUGCAACACCGUUGCUGGGAAGUGACGACAAGAUCGGCGUCUGGAUGGUUGUGAUUGUCGAGAAUGCAAAAGUACCGAAAAAGACCAAACCUGAAGCCAGGGUCAGUUCUGUCGAGGAUCAGGCCUCGAAACAGCCGGGAUCCAGCGAAAUAGUAAAGGUCGACACCUCUACCGAUACGAAGUCACAGAAAGCGCCUCCGCCUGCUGCAGUCGAUCCGUCGAAGAGCAACCCAAGGGCCGCAGACGCUCAAACCGAGCCAAAGAUCCCCGACGACAAGCCCGACCCUGGUCAAAACGGACAAUCAUCUCCACCAUCCGCCGAAGAAGUCAAUGUGAAAGAAGAAAUAAUUGAAGAGCAAGACCAUCAGCAAGCCCCACAUGAGGACGAAACUCUUGUCGAACCGGCAGACGAAAAGCCGAUCCCUAAUCACACGAACAUUGAUCAGCAUGAACUUGAAGACGAAAAGAAUGGGUUUAUACGGACGAAUGGACAUCUUUCCCAAUCGCCGAGCCCGCAAAGAGCCAACGGCAAGAUGAAUGGUCAUUGGGGGCCUAGUACACCGAGAGCCACGGACGUGACCGCCGCUCUAGAACGCGCUUUGUCUGAAACGAAUAUGACCAAAACUUGGACACCACCCCUGUCACCAGCAGGCAACGAUUCCACGAACCAGGUGAACGGGCUGCAUAGCUUUUCCGACGAAGAGAGGACACCCGUCAACACACGAAGAUCUGCGUACGAAGAAGAUCACACGCCGUCUCCCUCGAGACCGGGAACCAGUGGUGGUGGUGUGGAUUCCUCGACCGGGAAAUCCAACAGCAAGCAUUACAUGGACUACCUUCGCCACCCUGGGAGCCGGCCAUCGUCGGAAUACAACCGUGCAUUAUCGGGAAGUUUCAUGUCUGCCAAGUACUUUACAGAAGAUGAGCCUCAGGAAGAAGAAGUGGAUGACUUUGAAGACUCGGAAUGUGCAAGAUCGCCAUAUAGUGUGGAUUAA